AUGGAAAAGUCAUUCGUAACAAAGAAAGAUUGGUUGCUCAAGGAUACUCCCAACAAGAAGUACCAGUGGAACGUGCCAAAUUCUAGGACAAUCCUUGAUCUCCUGGCAAGUAAGAAGCAAACUUCAGUUGCACUAUCUGCUGCACUAUCUACUGCAGAGUUCGAGUAUCUAGCUGUUGGAAGCUGUGGUACCCAAUUAUUAUGGAUGAUGCAUCAAUUGCUUGAUUAUUAUCUUUCUUAUGAAGUUGUUCCUAUUUUUUGCGAUAAUGCCAGUGCUAUUAGCUUUAGCAGCAGCCAGCAGCUAGCAGCCAGCAGCCAGCAGCCAGCAGCUGCACAACCAGCAACAACCGGCGACCAGCACUCGGCGACCAGCAGCAGGCGUCAGCAACCGCCAGUUCCGUCGACCAGCAGCAGCAGCCGCCAGUCCCGUCAACCAGCAGCACACACAGCAGUAGCAACCGCCAGCCACCAGCCCCAGUCGACCAGCAGGGCUCAGGCAGCCGCAGCACCACGCACAGCAGCAGCCGGCGACCGGCAGGCGACAACCAUCAGCUUUCAGAUGGCUGAACAAAAUCAAUCAAAUGUGGGUGUGGCUAAUCAAAGUCGAAUAAGUAUGGCUGAUUCUACGGAUAAUACACCUACUACUAGCAAUGAUGCCUCAAUUGGCACAGAGGAAACAAAAAAAAGAAAAGAAAUGGAUCCUAGGUCUACUGUUUGGCAACACUUCGAAAAUUUUUUUGAAAAUGGUUUAUUAGUUAAAGCAAAGUGUUUACAUUGUAAACAAAAUUAUGCUGCUAAUACAACUAGAAAUGGAACAAGUGGACUGAGACAACAUUUGACUAACCGAUGUAAAGUGUAUAAGCCCCCGCCUGUUGCACCUGGCAUUCAAAAAUUGUUAAAUAUUCAAAGUAACAGUUCUUCGAUAGAGACUUGGAAAUUUGAGCAAGAGGUAUGUAGAAGAGCUUUAGUUGAGAUGAUAAUUUUGGAUGAGCUACCUUUUAGUUUUGUUGAAAAAGAAGGCUUUAAGAAGUUUAUGAGUAAAGUUCAACCUUUGUUUCGGAUUCCUUCUCGUAGAACCAUAACAAGGGAUUCUUAUGAAGUUUAUGGUGAAUUGAGAAUGAAUUUGAAAAUGUCUUUUAGAGAAAUACAACCAAGAAUUUGUCUCACAACAGACACAUGGACCUCGGUGCAAAGAAUCAAUUAUAUGUGUUUGACUGCUCACUUUAUUGAUAGGGAUUGGGUGCUUCAUAAAAGAAUAUUGAAUUUUUGUCCUAUCACUAGUCAUAAAGGUGAGCAUUUGGCUGAGUGUAUUAGUAAUUGUUUACUUGAUUGGAACUUGGACAAUGUCUUUACUGUUACGGUUGAUAAUGCCUCUUCAAAUGAUGUGGCGGUUUUAGAGUUGUCCAAAAAAUUAGAUAUGUGGGGAACUAAUAUGAUGGAAGGUAAGCAUCUACAUGUGAGAUGUAUGGCUCACAUACUUAAUUUAAUUGUGCAAGAUGGUUUGAAAGAAAUUGGUCCUUCUAUCAAACGGGUGAGACAAAUGGUGAAAUAUGUUAGAUCAUCUUCUACAAGGACAAGAAACUUCUUGAAAUGUGUUGAAAUGCAAAAAAUAGAAUGUGAUAAAAUGUUGUCUUUAGAUGUGCCUACUAGGUGGAAUUCCACCUAUUUGAUGUUGGACACGGCAGAAAAAUUUGAAAAGGCUUUUGAGAGGUUUGAUCUUUAUGAUGGUAAUUUUAAUUAUUUUCUUGCUACUGAUGUUUGUGAAGAUGGAAGUAUUGCAGGUUCAAUUCAAUAUGAGGAUUGGGCUAAUGUGAGGAAUAUCACAAAGUUUCUUGAAAAAUUUUAUGAGCUCACAUUGAAAGUUUCAGGUUCACGGUAUGUUACUUGUAAUGUUCAUUUUGAGGAUAUAUGUGAGCUUGAUGCAUACUUGAAAGUAUGUAUGACAAGUGAUGAUGUUGAUUUGAGUAAAAUGGCUUCGGGGAUGAAAGAAAAGUUCAAGAAAUAUUGGGGUACUCCUGAAAAGAUGAACAAAAUGCUUUUUAUUGCUUCUGUUUUGGAUCCUCGCAAUAAAUUUAUGUAUGUUAGUUUUGCUCUUGAAGAAUUACUUGGGGAAGAAAAGGGACAGAUAGUGAAUAAUGAAGUAAAUGCUUACUUAAAGAAUUUGUUUGCGAUCUAUGUAAGUAAGUAUGCAAAAGGUUCUAAAAAUCAAUCAUCUUCAUCUGACUCCUCUGAUUCAUCUACUUAUGGUCUUUCUCAAAAUGUGAAAACAAAUUCUUUGAGAACUAAGUUUUACAUGAAGAAACAAAAGGAAGAUUCUGGAAGUUUAGGUGUUAAAUCUGAGUUGGAUAGAUAUCUUCUUGAAGACCAAGAGCCUGAAUCUGAGGACUUUGAUAUUUUGAUUUGGUGGAAAGUUAAUUCUCCUAGAUUUCCUAUACUUUCACAGUUGGCUCGAGAUGUAUUGGCUAUUCCUAUGUCGAGUGUGGCAUCGGAAUGUGCAUUUAGUACGGGUGGUCGUAUUCUUGAUCCCUUUAGAAGUUCAUUGACUCCCAAAUGUGUGCAAUGCCUUAUUUGUGUUCAAGAUUGGCUUAGACAAGAAACUAAGCCUAUUUGUGUUGAAGAAAGUUUGGAGUUUCUUGAAAAAAUUGAACUUGAGAUGGCAAAUAGUGGAAGAAACUCUUCCAUUGUUGAUCUAUGAUUGGCUUGCAAGUCUCAAGUAUUUAAUAGUGGUCCAAAGUCGAGACAAUGAAGAAAGGUGUAAAGUACCAAGUUUUGUUAGUGUUUUGGUAAUUUUGUUGGCACUUGAGACUUCAAAGUGGUCUCAUGGAAGAAAGUCAAGAAACUACAUUGUUUCUCAUUAUUGUUAUUUGUUAUUGUUGGCACUUGAAACUUGAAAGUGGUCUCAUGGAAGAGGCUACAUUGUUUGUUGCUCAUUAUUGUUGUUUGUUAUUGUUGGCACUUGAAACUUGAAGUGGUCUCAUGGAAGAGGCUACAUUGUUUGUUGCUCAUUAUUGUUGUUUGUUAUUGUUGGCACUUGAAACUUGAAGGUGGUCUCAUGGAAGAGGCUACAUUGUUUGUUGUUUGUUAUUGUUGGCACUUGAAACUUGAAGGUGGUCUCAUGGAAGAGGCUACAUUGUUUGUUGCUCAUUAUUGUUGUUUGUUAUUGUUGGCACUUGAAACUUGAAGGUGGUCUCAUGGAAGAGGCUACAUUGUUUGUUGUUUGUUAUUGUUGGCACUUGAAACUUGAAGGUGGUCUCAUGGAAGAGGCUACAUUGUUUGUUGUUUGUUAUUGUUGGCACUUGAAACUUGAAGGUGGUCUCAUGGAAGAGGCUACAUUGUUUGUUGUUUGUUAUUGUUGGCACUUGAAACUUGAAGGUGGUCUCAUGGAAGAGGCUACAUUGUUUGUUGUUUGUUAUUGUUGGCACUUGAAACUUGAAGGUGGUCUCAUGGAAGAGGCUACAUUGUUUGUUGUUUGUUAUUGUUGACACUUGAAACUUGAAGGUGGUCUCAUGGAAGAGGCUACAUUGUUUGUUGCUCAUUA